AUGGAACUGCCCCGGAUGCCGGUGCUGGGGCUGCUGCUGCUGGCCUCUGGGGUCUCGGUGGUCCACAGUUACCAGGAGGUGGAUGCCACAGACGCCAGCAUCAACUUUUCCAAGCCCUUGCACAUCGUGCAAGAAGGCAACCUGAUGGUGCUGACGCCAGCCGGCCUGACCCAGGUGCUGAACCAGACCCGCUUUCUCAUGGUGCUUUUCUACAAUCCACUGUCAAAGCAAUCCAGGAACUUGGCCAAGGAGCUGGGCAAAGCUGUGGACAUCUUGGGCAAAGGCAAGAAUGGGAUUGGCUUCGGCAAAGUUGAUAUCUCCGUGGAGAAGGAGCUGAAGCAGGAGUUUAACAUCAAGAAGACUCCAGACUUGAAGCUGUUCUUUGAGGGCAACAGGUCAGAGCCCAUCGCCUGCAAAGGAGUGGUUGAAUCUACUGCUUUGGUGGUUUGGUUGAGAAGACAAAUUAGCCAGAAAGCAUUUUUGUUCAACAGCAGCCAGCAGGUGGCAGACUUCGUGAAAUCCAGGCCGCUGGUCAUUGUGGGUUUCUUCCAGGACUUGGAGGAAGAAGUAGCGGAAUUGUUCUAUGAUGUGAUCAAGGAUUUCCCAGAGCUGACAUUUGGGGUGAUAGCAAUCCCGAAUGCUUUUGGGCGUUUCCAUGUUGUCUUGGACAGCGUCCUGGUGUUCAAGAAGGGGAAAAUGGUGAAACGCCGAGAGCUGAUCAACGACAGUACCAACAAAUACGACCUCAAUCAAGUCAUAAAGCAGCACCUCACAGAUCGUGUGAUCGAGUACAAUGCUGAGAACCGGGAUCUGAUUUACGAACUGCGCAUUUCAAACCACAUGUUGCUCUUUGUCUCCAGAAACUCUGAGUCAUAUGAGAUCAUAACUCAGCAUUAUAAGCUGGCAUCGAAGGAAUUCCAAAAUAAGAUCCUUUUCAUCCUUGUGGAUUCAGACGAACCCAAAAACAAAUUUGUCUUCGAGUACUUCCGGAUCACAAAGGUCAACACCCCAUGUGUCCAAAUCCUAAACUUAAGCUCAGAUGCCAGGUACAAAAUGCCUACAGACGAUAUAACCUAUGAAAACCUCAAGAAAUUUGGCCGCAGCUUCCUGAAUAAAAAUGCCAAGAAACACCAACCCAGUGAAGACAUUCCCAAAUUCUGGAACCAGGGCCCGGUGAAGCAGUUGGUGGGGAAGAGCUUCAACGUCGUGGUCUUGGACAAGGAGAGGGACGUGUUCGUGAUGUUCUAUGCACCCUGGUCUACAAAGUGCAGGGCUCUGUUCCCACUGCUGGAGAUGUUGGGCAUCAAGUAUCAAAACCACACCACAAUCAUCAUUGCCAAGAUCGACAUCACAGCCAACGAUAUCCAAAUCUCCAACCCAGAGCCGUACCCAUUCUUCAGGCUUUUCCCCACCAACUCUGAACAGGAUGUGCUGUAUCAAGGAGAACAUACCCUGGAGGGAUUUUCCAACUUCCUGGAAAGCCAUGUGAAGGUGCAGCUUGAGGAUGAGCUAUUAUCCAUUGAAGAGCUAGAAGAGGAGGUGUUAGCAGAGGAUCAGGAGGUAUCUUUGGAGGAGAAAGAGUUACCUGAACAGAAGUUACCUGAGCAGAAGUUACCUGAACAGGAGUUAUCUGAGCAGAAGUUCCCCGAGCUGCAGAACAUGACCAAGCUGGAAAUGUCAGCAGGACAACCAAAAACAACUCAGGGGGAGGAGAAGGAGGAAGCUAAGCCAAAGGGACCUCCGAGAGAGGACAAGAAACCAAAAGUCAAGGAAGAGCUUUAGCUUCUCCAAAGCCAGAAGAGAAGGAGCCCAGUUCCCAGGCCCUUCAUUCUCUGCAUGGAUCUAUUCCAAUAAUACUAUAUUGUAUAUAGUAUAUAGACAUUCACGGGGUGAGUGGGGGUAGGCUAAUAAACCCUGUGAAUGUCUCCCGCCUGGUUUUCUUCUCACUAACUUUUUCCUGUUUGGCACUCACUGCCUUAGGAGAGCUGUUUGGCCUGGAAUUCAGCCAGGACUUGCAAGGGAGGUCACAAUGGCAACCUUGAAUGGCUGUUUACCAUCUGUGGGGUCUUACUCUAGUUCUAUAACAUUGCUGGCUGCUGCGCUUUAUUUCUAUUUUAUUUUGUUCUUUGUCCUCAUGUACAUACUGGUAAGGAAACCGAGGUACAGUGAGGUUAAGUUAUGAUCACAUGGCUGGAGCUGUUGAGCUGCAUCCCUUGCAAUCUUGUCUUGAGGGACUGUGCGUAUUAUGUGCUGUCUCCUACCAGGUUGUGAUACCCCAAGUUUGGCUAUACCUUUCAAAUGAGUUGAAUAGAUUGGCUUAUGCUGCAUAUCGGCACAGAAAGGCAUCUAUCCCCAAAGCAGUCCCCAGAACGCUACACCGCAGCAGCACGUCACCUACGCACUCAAGCAAUGCUGAGUUCAUGGCCUUUCUUUUUCCCAUUGUAAGUUUACCAGACGCACUUCCGUCCACAUAACUCCACUAACUUCCCUUAGUUGGU